CCCGCCGCCGCUGGCUGGGAAACUCCAGUUCCCCCCCCCGGGCCCAGCUCCCUCCGGACCCGCUGCCCAGGGGGCCGCUGCCUUCAGCCUCCCUCCUCCUGCCCAACCGCUGGCCAGGUUGCCUCGGACCCGCGGAUCGGCGUCUCUCGUCCCCUCCCCCCAGCGGCGCAUGCUCCGCCGGGCCCCCGGCCGCGCGGACACCCGGUAGCCCCCCCCGCCCUAGGGGCUGGGGCGCCCCUCAGUGCCUGGCCACGGGAUCCCCCAGCUCUUGGGGCAACGCCCCAGCCCCCCUCCCCACGCUGAGCGCCCGAGACGCCCCACAGCUCCCUAGGGGCUGGGUGCGGAGGGGGCGCCGGGUCCCAGCUGCCCCUACCGGGGUGAGCGGCUGAGACGCCCCGCGAAGGAAAGCGGGGGACUGGCUCGGCAGGGGCCCCGCCGCCCCCGGCAGCCGCGGAGCCGGUCCUGCCCAGCCCGGCGGCGCCAUGUCCAGCGAGGAGAGCUACCUGGCCAUCCUGCGCUACCUGACCAACGAGCGGGAGCCCUACGCGCCCGGCACGGAGGGUAACGCCAAGCGCAAGAUCCGCAAGGCGGCCGCCUGCUAUGUGGUGCGCGACGGGACCCUCUACUACCAGCGGCGGCAGCGGGACCAGCAGCGCUUCGCCGAGCUCGAGGUGGUGCUGCAGGCCGAGCGCCGCGCCCGCCUCAUCCGCGCCGCCCACCUCGGCCCGGACGGCGCCCACCGCACCCGCCUGCAGACCUGGCAGGGACUCUCGCAGCGAUACUGGUGGAGAGGUGUUCUUAAGCAAGUUAAAGAUUACAUUAAAGAAUGUAGCAAGUGCCAGGAAAAGCUAGAUCGUUCUAGAUCCCUGUCAGAUCCUUCUGAAAUGCUGGAGGAGCUAGGACUGGACACAAGAUCUCAUGAAGACAGUAAUGAAACAGAUGAUGAAUUAAGUAACACUGCAUCAGUCCCAGCUGCAUCACCAAAACCUGUGAAAAAGAAACCAAUAGCAAAACAUGAGCUUGUAUUUGUUGAUAGUAAAGGCCUUGUGAAGCAGUCUUCUUCAAAACAUUCUCUGUCAGUUUUAAACCAACUGAACCAGCAAAGGCUUUCCAAUCAGUUCUGUGAUGUUACUCUGUUGAUUGAAGGAGAAGAGUACAAAGCGCACAAAUCUGUCUUGGCAGCCAACAGUGAGUACUUCCGGGAGCUUUUCAUCGAAAAGGGCGCUGUCUCCAGUCAUGAAGCAGUAGUGGAUCUUUCAGGUUUUUGCAAGACAAGUUUCCUCCCUUUACUGGAAUUUGCUUAUACCUCAGUGUUAACUUUUGACUUCUGUAGCAUGGCAGAAGUUGCCAUGCUAGCCCGGCAUCUCUUCAUGUCAGAGGUCUUGGAAAUCUGUGAAAAUGUGCACAAACAGAUGGAAGACAAACAAAUCACAGUGUACCAAAAGGGAGAUAUUCACACUGUAGAGUCUACACAGAGUUUACCGGAGCAGAAUGCAGUUGAAACACAGCCUGUGGAUAGUGUUGAACAGCCUUUACCUACAGAAGUGGUAAACAGUGAAGUAGUAGGAACUAUGAAUGGAGCAUCUCCCAGUACUGGACAAGAGGAGGCAAUAGCACUGCAGUCUGACCCUCAGACUUCAGAGCCUACAGGGGAUAUAACUGAUAGUCUUUCAAAGCCUACAGUACAGUCUGUUUAUAGUGAAACAACUGGAAAUGAAAUAAAAAUAGAAAUAGUACAGAGCAUUGCAAAUAACAUUGUUUCUGUCAUGCAAUCUGAGCCUCCAGUGGCAGAGGACAUGGAAACAUGCUCUCCGACAGAAGUUGAGGCCGAUCAAAAUGAGAGCAGCACAGCAAAUGCAGAAAUCACUUCCGAAGAGUCUUUAGAAGCACUUAAGCAAAAACGUGGCAGGCCAUGUAAUGCAGAAGGAACUCCAGUGUCACAACCUGAGAGCAUCGUCUGCAGCCAAGAUGAUACUUAUAAAAGCAAACUUCGUCAGCGUUCUGUUAGUGAGGGUGGAUAUAUCAGAUUGCACAGGGGAAUUGAGAAAAAGCUACAAAAUAGGAAGACAAACCCCAAAUCAGCAAUACAGCAGGUUGCCAUGAAGUUAGUGCAAAGAGGGAAGAAGAUGAAGCAGCCCAAAAGAGAGACCACAGAAAACAAUGAGGUGGAAGCUCAGAUCAAAUGCACUGAAUGUGGGAUGGUUUUUCAGAGGCGUUAUUCGCUUAUAAUGCAUACACUGAAACAUGAAAGAACUAAAGAUUACAAAUGCCCGCUAUGUAAAAAAGAGUUCCAGUAUGGUGCCUCUCUACGUGCCCACCUUGUUCGACAUACCCGAAAAAAUGAAGUGAGCACUGCAACUGCUAGUAUAGAAGAGACGGGAGCGUCAGUAGUGAAAGGCAGAACUAAGCGGGAGUUUAUAUGUGAUAUAUGUGGAAGAACUCUACCCAAGCUCUACGCUCUCAGAAUACAUAUGCUCAAACAUACAGGUGUAAAGCCACAUGCAUGCAAGGUCUGUGGAAAGGCAUUUACCUACAAGCAUGGAUUAAAAAUGCACCUGGCUCUCCAUGAGACACAGAAGCAAUUCAAAUGUGACUUGUGUGAAAAGUCUUUUGUCACAAAACGGAGUCUUCAGGAACAUAUGAGCAUUCACACAGGAGAAUCCAAGUAUCUUUGCUCCAUUUGUGGGAAGUCUUUUCAUAGAGCCUCAGGACUUAGUAAGCACAUAAAGAAACACCAGCCAAAGCCUGAAAUUCGUGGAUAUCAGUGUACUCAAUGUGAAAAAAGUUUCUAUGAAGCUCGGGAUCUCCGGCAGCACAUGAACAAGCAUCUUGGUGUGAAGCCGUUCCAGUGUGAGUUCUGUGGGAAGUGUUACAGUUGGAAGAAAGAUUGGUAUUCCCAUGUGAAGUCCCAUUCUGUCACAGAUCCUUACAGAUGUAAUGUGUGUGGCAAAGAAUUCUACGAGAAAGCUUUGUAUAGAAGACAUGUAAAGAAAGCCACUCAUGGGAAGAAAGGGAGAGCAAAGCAAAAUCUGGAACGUGUGUGUGAGCACUGUGGAAGAAAAUUCACCCAACUGCGAGAAUACAGACGCCACAUGAAUAAUCAUGAGGGUGUUAAGCCUUUUGAAUGUCUGACUUGCGGAGUAGCCUGGGCUGAUGCACGUUCCUUGAAGCGUCAUGUGAGGACACAUACUGGAGAACGACCAUAUGUCUGUCCAGUAUGCAAUGAAGCUUACAUAGAUGCCCGGACGCUACGGAAGCAUAUGACCAAGUUCCACAGGGAUUAUGUACCUUGCAAAAUUAUGCUGGAAAAGGACACCCUUCAGUUUCAUAACCAGGGGACGCAGGUGGAACAUGCCAUCAGUAUUUUAACAGCAGACAUGCAAGAACAAGAAGCAGAGAUUAGCAUUGGCAGUGAGGAGAUUGAGACUGUGGUAGUAACAGGAGAAACAAUUGAAGCUGUUGCAGCUACUGAGGAAUGUACAUCAGUAUCCACUCUUUCUGACCAAAGCAUCAUGCAGGUGGUGAAUUACGUAUUGGCACAACAGCAAGGACAGAAAACAGCUGAAGUUACACCAGCCAUUGAAACUGUAAAAGUAGAAGUGGCCCACAUUUCAGAAACAGAGUGAACACCAUCUCUAACAGAGAGCAAGAAGAGUGUAGUAUUGUCAUGUAACAAGCUAAGUAUUAACUGUGAGUAUUUGAGGCUUACAGUAAUACUGACUUUGAUACUGAAUCUCCUGUAUUGAGUUUCUUGGCUGCAGAAUGAUAUCGCACAAUGCACUGGUUUAAAAAAAAAAAAAAAAGGUAAAAGUGCAGAUACUUCAGUACUGAGCAAGAGUUUGGAAGACUGAUUUCUGCAUCAGUCAUAAUCAAUUAGUACAGAAAAGUCUAAAAAUAAAAUAUUUCCUGUGUAAUGGCAGUAAGUAUCAUGUUGGAAAUUUUUUUAUGAACUUUUACAAAGAAGCUGUGCUAGAAUUGUACAGCUGUUUCAGUAGAAUUUUGCCUUUGUUUUAAUAUGUAUUUCAUCAGGGUCAGUGAAUGAAGUUUAAGUGAUGGGUUCUGUCCUCUUUUCUUUCACUCCCCAAAUCAGGGGAUGUUGGACUGCUGUGGAGUGUGUAUUGCCUUGUGAGGGGCUGGAAACCUGUGGUAUGGGGUCUUUUGCCUUUAGGUAGAUGUGCUAAUUGUGUAUAAAUCUACAAAGUGUGCUCCAGAAAUUUUGCAAAAUUAGCUUAAACUCCUCAGGACUGUGUGGCAGGUCAGUACACUUAAGGAUUCUGCAAACCGAUGUAAAAUGAUUUGCAUAACCAUGUAACUGUAACCAAAUUUACUCUGUGAGGUCCAUUGGAAUCUGGGGGGGAAAUUCUGUCACUGGCGAGCAGUUACUUCCAUAAGUACAAUGGGAUCAAUAGGGCUACUCAAAUAAGUAACUGCUCUUCAGUGUGAAUAAGGGGUUUAGUCUGGCCCUAUAUGUGCAACCCUGUUUAAUUUAUUUUGCUAAUUGUUCAAUUGUGUAAACAAAGUUUUACACUGCUUCGUUGUACUUACCCAAGGCAGGCAAACUAAUGAUGGAUGUAGAACUCUUCUAAUUUUAUAUUAAAUUUAUGUGGAAAUUUCCACAUGAAAAAAGUUAAGUGUAAUUGGGUGCAGUUCUUUGGGAAUGGGACACUGUAGAAAUCAUCUGGUUUUCCAAUUACUGUAUCAUGGAGAAUUGUUAUUGAGAAGCGGGGAUGGUGGGAGUUGUUAAUUCCAAAAGGGACAGACAGUAGCAUUAGGAUUGAAUAAUAUGAAUGUCAUAAUAUCAUGUUAAAAACUAAAUUUGUGAUAAAUAUGCUGGAAAUCUCCAAAGGCUUAUUACACCACAGCUACAUGAAAACACGUGUAAGGCAGGCUGUUAACCCUGUUGCAUCUCCUCAUCUUUGUGGAAGAACUUUCAGUCUCUGUAGGUUAAUGUGUUAAAAUAAAAUGAAGUGGAAAUAUUUGUUCUAAUAUUAAAGAAAUCCUAUGCAA